CCGGGCCACCACCAAGCAGCAGGAGGAGGCGCUGGUGGGAUCUCUCAGCGACAUCCUUUGGCGGGCGGGUGACAGACAACACGUGGUCCUCUGUCUGACGCAGGAGAACACUUACCUCACCGAAAAUCCAGAGUUCCAAGGCGACGGAUGCACGGAGAGGAUUCACACGUUCGAUUUUAAGAAGCAAGACGAGCUGACCUUCAACCUCAAGAAGUAUUUGUUUGAGUUCUUGGCGGAGGACGGAAAUGGGAUGUUGCUCCUCCUCUACAGUCUCACUCUCUCCCGCGGCUUCGUCAAGUUACACGACGACCUAUCUGGCGAGGACCAUCCGCUAAUAGAGACCAACGGCACUAUCCACCCGUGCCUUGUGACUCUGAUGCUGACAGGCCGCGCCACUCGCUUCCUCCACAACGGGAUCGUCUACGAGGGCACCGAGGACACCAUGGCUAGGCCCAAGACGGGGAUACUGACGAGGAGCGAGAUUGGGCUGAUGGUGUGGACGCGGAACGACGGCGGGGGCGGGCAGGUGGCGGUCGGGUCGCGGCUCAAGACUCCCUCGCUGCCCAUCUGGGUGACGCGAUGCAACGACGCUUACGGGAUACUCUUCAACCCUAACCGAGACCUCAUUAGGGACUACCACGCCGAGAACAGGUUUGAGCUCCACUACUUCUCGUCCACCGUGACCCAGACCACCGCCACCAUCGUCACCAUCGACACGAGGAACCAGGUGGCGGUGGAUGAGUUCAAUUGCUCGCCGCUCGAGAACCUCAUCCACACCAAAUGGCAGGGCGCGGAGAUAUGCUGGAACGGGACGGCGCCUCACGUGUAGCAGCUGUUUUCAUCUCAACUCAACACCGGGAGAAGCAAUCCAAGACCUGUACCCGAAGAUUUACACCCUCGAGGCAUUAUCCAAAAGUCGCACAAGCUCUCCGUCCCACUCCGUCCCCUUCCUCCUUCACUCCAGUGCUGCUCUGCUCCACUUCGCCCCCCCCUCCUCCCCACUUCCCUCGCCCCCCUUCGCCUGUGUCCCAACUUUCUCUCACUGCUUUUGAUCAUGGAAGUUGUCUCUUAUGUCACCUCUCUUUCCCUUUCUCUACUCACAGAAAUUCUCUCUCCCCUCCCUCUUUCCACUUUUUCCUUCCUCCUCUCACUUUUUCCUUUCUCAUACCUUUCCUCCUCCUCUUUUCCCUUCCUUGUCUCUCCCCUUACUUCCCUCCUCUUCCUUAUUCUCUUCCUCGUACCUUUCCCCUCCACUUUUCCCUUCUUCCCUUCCUUCCUCCUCUCCUUAUCUCCAUCCCUUCCUUUCCCCACUCUCCUGUUAUCCUUUUCCUUGCACCCUCCAUUCUCAACUUCCCCUUUCCCUUCUUCCUCUCCUUAAUUUCCAUCCCUUCCUUUCUCUACUCUCUUCAGCUCCGGGGCGUAAGGGAAUCCAGGUGUAUAUAGCUCUAUCUUGCGUCGGUGGCGAGCUGCUGUCAUUCCUGUAACCUUGUCUCCUUUCUCUAUUCCGUUUUCGUUUGGUAAUGGAAUCAGAUCACCCUCAUCCCAAGAGUUCCCAUGUAUAUCGAGAUGCUGAUUUAGUGCUGACUUCGCUGAGCUCCUUAUAUAGAACCUGCUUCCUCCUGCUGUAUAAAGUGGAGUCUUCAAUUCAGUAUUAUUCGUAGGUUUUCCUCACGGGUCAGCUUAGAAUAUACUUUGCCUUGGGUCCUGAAAAUGCUGCUCUCUCUCUCUCUUAAUGCGGUCAGUCACGGUUUUGUUCCCUCUCUUCGGCGUCUCUCUACCACCGUUGCCAGAUUGUCGUACUCAGAGCAUAGUAUUUACCGGUUUCUGACGCCUAACUAUUGCUAAGAAACAUCAGGAUCUAACUCUUUUAACGAUAACUAUAAAUGAGUUUCGUUAUUGGAGCCCAGAAGAGAGUUUUGGGGUAGGAAGUCGGGAAAGAUAAGCGGCUGAGUACGACAAUCUGGCAACGUUGCUCUCUACUUCUACUGCUGUUGUUUCUUGUCUCUGUUUUGAGGUUUCUUUCGAAGUCUUCUAUUGGGGCUGUUUAUCCUUAGCUGUUUAGUCCGAUGGAAAGCCGUCGCCAAUCUCGCCAGACUUUAUAUAUUCCUAGAGGCCGGCCAGGUGACGGUGCGCCCUGUUAAUUACCCGACACACCUGCAGUGGGCCGCCCGUGAGAGUCGCAACACCAGGUAGAAUCAAUUACGUACUAACAAUACUAAUGGCUUAUAUAAGGAAGGGGCGUCCGGUGCAGUCAGUUAUAGUAGUUCAGAAGUCAAAGUGGCACAUACAAGCGUUUUAUAGUGACGCCAUUCUUGCUUGGCUCAUGCUGCCCCUCGAAGCUCCAGCUGAUCCUCUUGAAGUAUAUCGUAGCCAGAGAAACAAAGAGGAGGCUUGCGUAAGAAACAAUUGGUGAGUUUGCUUGUCUAUAUAAAGGUUCUCGCCCCCUUUAGCCCUCACUCUGAAUCCUCCUUCCUCAUCCUCAACCUCACACUCGAGCUUAACAGGUGCCGGUGUUUCAGAAAUUGUCUAGUUCGUAAGUUUGAUGCUGUUCCGAGUGAAGCUUCGUCUUUGUAUUUCUACCUUGUGUCUGUGUUUUCUAUUCACCCUAAAUAAAAGAGAAAGAGAAGCAUAGUCCCAGGUCUUCUUUAUCGUUGUUAUCAUGUAUAUAGAGAAAAAUAAUGUUAGUUUUACAUUUUAUUUUUUUCUUCCCGGUCUUCAGCGUAACGGGCCAGGUGGGGAAAGGCUCCUGUUUGCAUGUUGGAAGACCGUAAUUUAAUCCUAAAACUUAAAUAUAGACUAGAACCGUCACAGUGGAUUAGGUAACUAUGAUUUCCUUGUAAGAUGAGCCACCGAGCCGCUGGAUUCAGGGUGAGAGCUGACGUGGCGUGCCCCAGGGGGAGGCGUUCCGUCCAUAACUGUUUCUCGGCCUCCCUCGCUUGCCCAUCGCUCGCCGCCGUCCGUCUGUAGGCUGUGCCCGGCCGUGGUGGGCCCUCACUUGUAAGGACUCAACCAUGUAUCAUAAAUAAAACAGUGUACACG